UCGGCGAGUGCCAGGCUCAGUCGGACGCGAAUUGUCUGCGGGAUCGGAUCCUGUAGGCGAGAAAUGAACGAAUUUUUGAAGAUUUUUCUGCUGCUAGUAGCAGUGGUGGCAAUCGCUGCUAGUGAUGAAGAAUUUAAAGGUAAAGAUCGGUGUAAGGGACUGAAAAAUGGAACCCUACUGCCGGAUGAGAAAGACUGUCGGAAGUAUUACAAGUGUCACAAGGAGAAAGCUGAACACAAGACGUGCAAGCCAAAGCAUAAAAGUUUCGAUCACAUUUUGCUGAAGUGCGUCGAUACGGACGAAGCCAGGUGCUACGAUCCGUCGACAACUACGGUAGCACCGACAACUACGACUAAGACGACAACUACGAAGAAGCCGCCUCCAACGACGACUACGAAGAAGCCGCCGCCUACGACGACUACGAAGAAGCCGCCUCCUACGACGACGACGAAGAAGCCGCCACCUACGACGACUACAAAGAAGCCGCCUCCUACGACAACGACGAAGAAGCCGCCUCCAAUGACAACUACGAAGAAGCCGCCUCCUACGACGACUACGAAGAAGCCGCCACCUACGACGACUACGAAGAAACCGCCUCCUACGACGACUACGAAGAAGCCACCUCCUACAACGACUACGAAGAAGCCACCACCCACGACGACUACGAAGAAGCCGCCUCCUACGACGACUACGAAGAAGCCGCCACCUACAACGACUACGAAGAAGCCGCCUCCUACGACGACUACGAAGAAGCCACCUCCUACAACGACUACGAAGAAGCCGCCUCCUACGACGACUACAGAGAAGCCUCAUACAACGACGACGAAGAAGCCUCCUACGACGACUACAAAAAAACCAACGACUACGACUACAGCGGCACCAAUAACAACUACGACGAAGAAGCCGCAUACCACGACUACGAAGAAACCAUGGACAACUACCACGAGAAAGCCAUGGACGACUACUACGUGGAAACCGUGGACAACUACAACGAGGAAGCCAUGGACAACUACAACGAGGAAACCGUGGACAACUACUACGAGAAAGCCAUGGACGACUACCACGAGGAAACCGUGGACAACUACAACGAGGAAGCCAUGGACAACUACAACGAGGAAACCGUGGACAACUACUACGAGGAAACCAUGGACAACUACAACGAGAAAACCGCUGACAACUACUACAAGGAAGCCAUGGACAACUACAACGAGGAAACCGUGGACAACUACCACGAGGAAACCGUGGACAACUACUACGAGGAAACCGUGGACAACUACUACAAGGAAGCCAUGGACAACUACAACGAGAAAACCGUGGACAACUACCACGAGGAAGCCAUGGACAACUACCACGAGGAAACCGUGGACAACUACCACUAGGAAGCCGUGGACAACUACUACGAGGAAGCCAUGGACAACUACCACGAAGAAACCGUGGACAACUACCACGAGAAAGCCAUGGACAACUACAACGAGGAAACCGUGGACAACUACUACGAGAAAACCGUGGACAACUACGACGAGGAAGCCAUGGACAACUACGACGAGAAAACCAUGGCCAUGGCCAACUACCACAACAGAGAAUCCCUGGACAAAUACCACAACAGACAAUCCCUGGACAAAUACCACAACAGACAAUCCCUGGACAAAUACCACAACAGACAAUCCCUGGACAAAUACCACAACAGAGAACCCAUGGACAAAUACCACAACAGACAAUCCCUGGACAAAUACCACAACAGACAAUCCCUGGACAAAUACCACAACAGAGAACCCAUGGACAAAUACCACAACAGACAAUCCCUGGACAAAUACCACAACAGACAAUCCCUGGACAAAUACCACAACAGACAAUCCCUGGACAAAUACCACAACAGAGAACCCAUGGACAAAUACCACAACAGACAAUCCCUGGACAAAUACCACAACAGACAAUCCCUGGACAAAUACCACAACGGAGAAUCCCUGGACAAAUACCACAACAGAGGAACCCUGGACAACUACCUCGACGCAGUGGAUAUCGCCAACGACUUCUACGGAGCGUCCAACUCACCCGACGCGACCCCCAUCGAACACUACUUCAACCCAUCGACCAUCCACAACUACCUCGACCCAUCGGCCAUCGACAACAACUCCGACGCAGCGGCCAUCAACAACCCAUCGGCCAUCAACAACCCAUCGACCACCGCCAACUACUUCAACGCACCGCCCAUGGUCAACCACCACGACGACAACGGAACCAUGGACGACCACCACAACGAAGAGGCCAUGGACAACAACAACCACCCGACCACGGGAGACUACUACGAACCCACCGGAACCAACGUACAAACCAACCUGUGAGGACGGUUUCAGUGGUCUGCUGCCACACCCCAAGAGCUGUACAAUGUUCUACGUGUGCCACCUGGGCGAGGAAGCUCAACUGAUGUACUGCCUGGAGGGGUACAUAUUCUACGUACCGUUCGGAGUUUGUCUGCCGGGAGAUAGCGAAACUUGUGAACUACAUCAUACUUUUGAAAUUUAUUCUAAAUAAAGCUACUUAUUCGAUACUGCAUUCAAA